AUGCCCCCAGCCAAAGGCGGAAACGCAAAGAAGGAGGGCGGACGAGCCAAGAAGGCCGAGAAUGAGGAGAAGAAGAAGGAUGUGGUAAACAAGGCGGUCGCGGCCAAGGUGGCCAAGGAGUGGGAGGACGGAGCGAAAGGCUUGAGCAAGCAGGAAGUAGCAGCCGCCAAGGCUGCUGAGGCCGCGCGCAAGAAACAAGAACGCGAAGCCCUACUCGCCGCUGAAGAAGCCUCCCUCCCUUCCAAGCCCAAAGCAGCUCCCAAAGCUGGCGCGGCCAAGAAGAAGCCCGACUCUGGUGUCCUCGCUCCAGCAGCAGGAAAGGGCAUUGCUUCGUUCACGACGAACGACCCUCUGGGAUUGCGUGGAUCAGGGCUGGGAGAUGAUGAAGGGGAACCGGUCGCGGAGUUGAGCGCGAGAGGGGUGGAGGAGAUGCUGGAGGCGCUGGAGGUGGUGAAUCAGAAGACGAGCAAGGACGCGCUGGGGGCGAAGGCGGGACUGAUUGAGGCACACCCAGAGAAACGGUUUAAAGCUGCCUUCGAAGCCUACCUCGAGCGAGAGAUCCCAAUACUACGUGAUGAGCACCCCGGUCUGCGGCAGAACCAAAUGCGAGAUAAGCUGUUCAAGAAGUUUGAGAGGUCGCCGGAGAAUCCUUUCAACCAGGUCUCGGUCGAGUACAAUACGACCAAGGGGGAGAAGGUCGAGAAGCUCAAGGAGGUCAUGGCUGCCCGGGAGAAGAAGUACAAGACCAUCAUGUAG